AUGGCGAGGAGUGAGCGGCUGGAAAACCUUCAAACACCAGGAAAACCAUCAAACACCAGGAAAACCAUCCAACACCAGGAAAACCAUCCAACACCAGGAAAACCAUCCCACACCAGGAAAACCAUCCAACACCAGGAAAACCAUCCAACACCAGGAAAACCAUCCAACACCAGGAAAACCAUCCAACACCAGGAAAACCAUCCCACACCAGGAAAACCUUCAAACACCAGGAAAACCUUCAAACACCAGGAAAACCUUCAAACACCAGGAAAACCUUCAAACACCAGGAAAACCUUCAAACACCAGAAAAACCAUCCCACACCAGGAAAACCAUCCAACACCAGGAAAACCAUCAAACACCAGGAAAACCAUCCAACACCAGGAAAACCAUCCAACACCAUGAAAACCAUCCCACACCAGGAAAACCAUCCAACACCAGGAAAACCAUCCCACACCAGGAAAACCAUCCAACACCAUGAAAACCAUCCAACACCAGGAAAACCAUCCAACACCAGGAAAACCAUCCAACACCAGGAAAACCAUCCCACACCAGGAAAACCAUCCCACACCAGGAAAACCAUCCAACACCAUGAAAACCAUCCAACACCAGGAAAACCAUCCAACACCAGGAAAACCUUCAAACACCAGGAAAACCUUCAAACACCAGAAAAACCAUCCCACACCAGGAAAACCAUCCAACACCAGGAAAACCAUCAAACACCAGGAAAACCAUCCAACACCAGGAAAACCAUCCAACACCAGGAAAACCAUCCCACACCAGGAAAACCAUCCAACACCAGGAAAACCAUCCAACACCAGGAAAACCAUCCAACACCAGGAAAACCAUCCAACACCAGGAAAACCAUCCCACACCAGGAAAACCUUCAAACACCAGGAAAACCUUCAAACACCAGGAAAACCUUCAAACACCAGGAAAACGAGAGUUACGACUGUAACUACGGUUCUAUGAAUCCUGGAUGA